CACUUUUGUUUGAGACUCUCCCUCCUUAUCUACCAAAAUCCCAAACAAACACAGAAGAAAAAGAAAUUGUAUUGGCGGGUUUACAGCUAUGGAGGUGGUGAUUCCAGCUUCUACCAUGGAUUUCAACAAUCCAACUACGCCCAAACGUUUUGGUGACUACUUCUUCAGUGCUCCGAGCAGCCCAUCACGCAUCUCCGGGCUUUACCGAGAUUGCAACGAGUAUGAUCGCCAUGAAAGCAGCGAAGCGAGUGCCAUCAGGGAGGAGCAGGAGGAGGAGGGGGACGGUUUCGCGUUUAAUUUCAGUGAAGAGUUGGAGAGGAGCUCUCGCUCCGCCGAUGAGCUCUUCGAUGGUGGAAAAAUCCGGCCUUUGAAGCCCCCAACUCAGCUGCAACUGGGCAGGAAAGUGGACCCGUACACAGCGCCUAACAGCCCACCUUUGUCUCCCAAUUCGGGCAGAUCUUACGGGAUGAAGACGAUUCUGGGUGCACUUUCGCCGAGACGAAAGAAAGACUCCGACAGGGCGGUGAUGGCUGCUGAUAACAGUACUCGAAAGAAAACAGAGCAGCAGAGGGGAAGAGAGAGAAAUACAGACUCACCAUCUUCGAAUUCAGGGCGAAGAGCGACAAGGUCCCUCUCUCCUUUCAGGGUCUCCGAGUUUCCAUGGGAAGAAGAUCAAGAAGAAGAAGAAAAGACUCGGAAUGACAUAAAACAAUCGUCUCUGAAUCCGAAGGCUACGCUUUCGUCGACGUCAUCUUCUUCGAAGAGUUCUAAGAAAUGGAGACUGAGGGACUUUCUGCUGUUUCGGAGCGCCUCGGAAGGACGAGCAAGAGACAAGGAUCCUUUCCUGAAGUUUUUGUACAAAAAACACGAAGACGUAAAGAACUCGAGCUUCCGCUCCACGGCCAGUUCUGGUUCAGUCUCCAGGUCGAGAAGAGGGCCACCAGUUUCGGCUCACGAGCUGCAUUACACUAUGAACAGAGCCAUGUCGGAAGAUUUGAAGAAGAAAACUUUCUUGCCAUACAAACAGGGGAUUCUGGGCCUCUUGCACUUUCAUAAAUGAUGAAUCUACAUAGAUUUUUUCAGAGAUUUUUUCUAUUUCUGUUGUAAAAAUUAAGAGUUAUUUGUUCCUAUAAACGAAGAACAUCACAUGAACGCCCUCUUUUUCUUUAAUUUUUACGAGCAUGAUUGGAUUGCCAUGUAGUAGGUAUACACUCAUGGAUAUAAUGUAACAAAGUGCCUAGAAUUUUCCAAUGUUUUCAAAUUGUUGGUACAUGACAGAAUUGUAUCAAAUUUGAAGGGAUGAAGGCAUAGCCAGUUGGCUCUCCCCAGUGUUGGCAGGUUGGUUAAUUAGGGGUACCAUCUUCCAACCUAGGAGUAAGGUUGGGUUUGGAUGGUAAAAUAUUUUCAGAAUACUUUAUAAUUAUUUAUUAUUUUA